AUGAAGGCCCCUUACGAAAAGUUAUUGGAACAUUUGAGGCGAGAGUCUCUGAUUGAGCUUCUCUCGCGUGAUUUGUCCGUGCUACUGGAUUUGGCGCCCCUACAUGUUACAGCGUCCACGGAGUGGAACACCUUUGCAUUGCUACAUAUCUAUCUUUCCAAGAUCCAACCUCACAAGAAACCGGAGGUAGACACCGAUCGCUUAGUUUGCCGGGGUGCGUCGGUUGCAGGCUACAAGUCGGAGCGCAUGUUGGACAUGAUCAAGCGCCACACGCCAUACGCCUCUGGGAGGGAUAUUGAAGGCUUGAAGUUCCUGCGUGGCUUGGACGGACUGGUUUCCGCCACAAUGAAAGACCCCAGAGAGUUCUCUACAACUUUUGUUGCGGCCUGUCCUGCAGGCGCCGCGGCGUUCGGAGCUUCAGCUGCCAUGCUAGCCCUGAUGUCAAACCCCUCUCUGUUUGAGCGGUUCAGCAACAUGGCUCACGGGAUACUGCGCUCAUACACAGCAGAAGUUCUCAUGGGUUCCAUUGUCUGGGGAGUGUUUCACGGACUCGCAAAGCUGGGGAUGUUUGCGCUACGCUCCUACGACCUCGUGUGGUCUUCUCAAGAACUUUGCGAUCUGCCUUUCGAGCCGCAUGCCUUCGACGCACUGCGUGCGGAUGCUAGUGCAAGGCUAGAGCACUUGACAGCGGCAGACAGGCAUGCCAACGAAUUGACCCGGCAAGUAACAUCCUUCCUGAAGCAGGUAAGGGCUGUGCGAGAGGAUCCAGAAGUCAUGGUAUAUGUUACGGCCGUUGGUGGCUUGCCCUUCUCUGAUUACAUCACAGGAUUCGUCCGAAGAGCUCUGGUUGUCGGCCUCCCAGCCCUGAUCAUGGCUUGCAUGGACAAUGAUGCGUUUGAGAAGUGCAAGGUGGCUACGGAAGUGCAAAGUGAUCUCCUGCGUGCCUCCGAAAAGACCAUCCUGUGUGUCUCAGCAGUUGAAGGACAUGUCAUCUACAUCAAGCACGCCUUUUUGCCAAUGCUGCUAAGUGCGGCAGUGGACACUGUUUGGAUCGAUUUUGACACUUUCAUCCUGCAGGAGCCAUCAGCUGCACUGCGGUCCGCGCGGGACAUGCCUACCCGCAUCCUGCCACAACGUUCGCGAGUGCGGUUUGGCUCCUUCCUCUUUGACAACACAACAGAUCUGUGUGCAUUGUCCAAGAUCUGUGAUCCCAGGCAGUACUGGACAUAUAACGUGACGACCACCACUCCAGAAUCUGCGACGGAUCAUCAAGGGGUCGAAGUCUUGGUCACAGAACAUUGGGAUGCGCGUUGCCUGAACAAUGGCCUAUUCUAUGUGCGAGCGACGUACCGGACGUUGAUUUUCUUCACUCUGUUCUUGAGGCAAAUAUAUGUGAAUCCGUAUACGGACAACCAAAACCUCUUCGAUGCAUUCCUUGCGCAUUCCACCGUAGAUUCAGCUGUGCCAGAUGCCAGACCUAUCCUAAACUAUGCCUUGCUGGAUAUAGAAAACCAGUUCGGCUGUGCAGAAGGCCACAUCAACUCAGCUGUUUCUGGACAUCCGGAUGGGCUGGUCACAUUCCAUUUUUGGGCAUCAGACUUCCGAACGCGGGAAGCUGCUGGAGAGGAGAACACAAGUGCGGAUCGCAUAGUUUCCCGAAAUGGUGUGCAGCGAGUGGCCAAAGCACGAGCAGGAAAGGACCACUUGUUCGAGAUUUUCUUUGGGCCAGAUGCCCAAGAAUCUCCAAGUGAAGUCCCAGCCGCCGGAGCUGCUUUCAUAGAGCAGGUUCGCGCUCCGAAGCCCAACUGGAAAGGCAUGUGCGCUGUCACAGCUGUCGGUGUGGAGGAGCUAGUGGAUGAGCGCAUGCUUCAAGGCGAGCAGACACUCAUAGAUUGGCAAGCGGCCACCCAUGUGGCAGUUUCUGAGCCCGAACCUGCGCAGCCCAGCACGCAGUCCUGCGAACGCGGGCCACGGUGUAUGGACAUACCGUUGGAUCAGUGGACAUCAACCUUGGAGUCUGUCGCGGGGCUCGUUGGGCCGCUCGAAGAAGGCGAGGUGUCGCAGCUGAAAGCGCGGCUUCGCAGCUUGGAUGUGGGGGUUCUUCUGUCCGUGCAGGCCUUUAGAUCCCACGGUUUGCAGAGGUUGGCCAAAGAGCUACGAGAGGUCCUGCAGCAUCCGCCAACCAAUGUGACUUGA